GCUUGUUGUGGAGGUCAGAGCUUCAGCUUCAUCCUGGCCAUGGAGUCGACAAGGCUGACCAGCUCUGUUUUCUUUCUGCUUGUGGUGUUUACGUUGUCCAACGCCAAGGUUGCGGAGGAGGAUCCAGAGUUCUGGAGGUCUCAGGCCAGGAAGACCCUGCAGUCAGCGCUGGACAGGAAACUCAACGAAAAUGUUGCUAAGAACAUCUUGUUUUUCCUUGGAGAUGGUAUGGGAAUCACAACGUACACCGCUGCUCGUAUCCUCAAGGGACAGCUGCAGAACCAGACGGGGGAGGAAACAGUGAUGACCAUGGACACCUUCCCCAGUGUGGGGCUGGCUAAGACCUACAGCGUGGACUUCCAGAUCCCGGACAGUGCAGCCACGGCCACGGCGUACCUUUGCGGAGUGAAGACCAACCUGAACACUGUAGGGGUGAACGCGGCGACUCGCAACGGAGCCUGCAAAACUCAGAAGGGCAACGAGGUCACGUCUAUCCUGAAGUGGGCCAAAGAUGCGGGUAAGUCCGUUGGCAUUGUAACAACUACGCGUGUGCAGCAUGCCACUCCUGCAGCCGCUUACGCCCACAGCGCCAGCAGGUCGUGGUACAGUGAUGCCGACAUGUCUGAUGCUGCCAAGCUGGAAGGCUGCACCGACAUUGCUUCGCAGCUCAUUGAAAACACAGACAUCGAUGUGAUCAUUGGUGGCGGCAGGAAGUACAUGACGCCUAGCGGCACCAAGGACCCAGAGUACCCCUGGGAUUACGGCUCCAGGGGCAAAAGGAAGGAUGGACGCGACCUAAUCACUGAGUGGCAGAAUUUAAAAACCGGAAAGAAGGCCCACUACGUGUGGAAUAAAUCGGAUUUCGACGCUGUUGACCCUGAAACCACCGACUACCUCAUGGCCCUUUUUGAACCCGGCGAUCUCCACUUUGAGGAAGACAGGAACCCAAGCAUGGAUCCAUCCAUCGUUGAGACAACAGAGAAGGCCAUCCGCAUCCUGCAGAAAAACCCUAAAGGCUUCUUCCUGCUAGUGGAGGGCGGCCGUAUCGACCAGGCUCAUCAUGCGGGCCGGGCGUACAUGGCGCUCCACGAGACGGUUGCUUUCGACUACGCCAUCGCCAAGGGCCUUGAACUGACCAAGGAGGAGGAAACUCUCACCGUAGUAAUGGCUGACCACUCCCAUCCUGUUACCUUCAACGGAUUCCCAUUUAGGGGCCAGAGCAUCCUGGGUAAAUCUCCACUUUGGGCCACCGACUUCUUGCCUUUCACAACGCUGAUGUACGGCAACGGACCUGGGCACAAAAUCAGUAACGGCAAACGCCCCGACAUCCGCAACGUCACCACCAAAGCUAAAGACUACGUCCAGCUGUCUGCAGUGCCCUUACAGUCUACCACCCACAGUGGAGAGGAUGUGGCAGUGCUGGCCCGUGGACCCAUGGCCCAUCUCUUCCAGGGCGUCCAGGAGCAGAACUACAUCGCCCAUGCCAUGGCCUAUGCCGCCUGCGUGGGCGCUGACCUGAGGCACUGCCAGGGGCAGACUGAACCACCUGUGGGUCAGACCACAACCAGCGGCGACAUGAACGGGGCCCGGGCAGUUGGAGCCUCCACAGCUUUGCUUGGCAGCCUCAUCAGCGCACUGCUGGUCCUUCAGUUCUGAUUUAGAAAUUAAUUUAUUUACAUUAAUAAAUUUUCCCUUUUCCUAAAUGAGGCCUGACUGACAUGAGCUUACAGUUGGAGGCUGGGCUCAUAUAGGCUGACUGUCAAAGACAUAUGACAGCCUGUGUGGCUUCUUCUAUGCUACCACUACUGAGCACUUUGAUUCGAAGACAGAGAAUCAAACUAGACACCAGAAAGACUCACUGUAGUAAGAAAAGCCAUUAAAGAACAGCGUGAUCCCUGCAUUACAUUAAUAAAGUAUUCUAUUCUAUA